GGGCGCGUCCCUGCCGGGGUCAAGUUCGGGUUCCCGGAGGCGAGCGGAGUUGGAACCCCGGCGGCCGCAGCGGAACCCAGCCCCGCUCGGAGUGCCACGUCUCCGGGAACCCCCCCCCCUUGCUCUAGGACAACCCUCCGCCCCUCCCGGACCUCGGUCCCCCAGAGCACCCCAGUGUGUGCAGCCCCAGCACUUGGGCGCAUUUCUAGGGGGAUCAUCAGGCCCGCUCAGGGUACUGUGCAAAAUUCUGUAGAUGAGACAUCGAAUAAAAUACAGUUGCUGCGCUUCAAGGGAUUAUAUUCUAGUUCAGGGGAGAGAAAAAGCAACAAAUACACGCUAAGAAAAACCACGGAGUAGUUGUCCUCACCAGCACAGCCCUUCAGACCCUUUCUCUUCUGCCUCCUCCUGAAGCCUGGGAGCUCAGAGGGCUGAAUGAGCACAGCGCUGCAAGGUGACUGGUAGAUGGCACAGGAGGUGCAGGGGGCCCAGAGAUCUGCCUGUGCUGGGAGUCCUUCCCCUGCAACUGGCCAGCCUAAGGUGCAGCGCGUGUGUCCAUGUAUUUGUGUUCUAGAGAGAAGCAGCCUAGUCUUUUACAUAAGGUGGUUUGUAUCCAAAACACCUGACUAAAAAUCUUGCUAAGAGAUCAGGAGACACAUCCAACCCACACCAUGCGGUGUUCUAUCAGGCGCUGCAUCUUCACCUCAGCGGGCAUCGGGUUCCUGUGGCUCUUCAUCACUUUGAAAGUCCCUGGGGAAAUUGAAGAGGAGCAAAAGGAGAUUGCCAUCAGAGCACAAAGGGACAGUUACAGCAGAAGGAAGACCCCGAGUCCAGCAGAAAACUGGGAGAGUAUUACCUUCAAAUAUAUGAAGACAACCCACCAGAGAAGAAAGACCUGGCUGACUGUGGGGAUCUCCACAGUGGCGCGAUCAAAUCAAAGCAGCCUCUUGUUCACACUGGUCUCCCUGUUCCGAUCCUCUUCGAAGACUGAGCAGAAACGCCUCACCGUGCUGGUCCACCUGGCAGACUCUGACCUCACCUGGCUCAGAGAAUCCGUUGUCCACAUUUCAAAACUCUUCAGCCCACAGAUCUUGGCAGGGCAGCUGCUGCUAAUCCACGCGCCAUCUGAUGCCUACCCCAACGUGGAGGAUGACGGGGACCGGGCCUACCGCAGAAAGUUCUACUCCAAGCAGAAUGUAGACCACGCCUUCCUCAUGAGCUUUGCCACCAGGCUCUCUGACUACUUCCUGUUGCUAGAUGACAAUGUCUUUUGUGCCCCCAACUUUAUUAGUCACAUUCAAUGGAAGGUGAACACCCUGAAGUCCCAGCCCUGGGUGUUCCUGGAGUUCUCCAACGUGGGCUUCCUUGGCAAACUCUUCCACAGCAGGGACCUCCCACUCCUGGCCCACUUCCUCCUCCUUUUCUAUAGGGAGAAGCCCCUGGACCAGCUGAUCCCUCACUUCCGUGCCCUGCUGGCCCAGAAGGAUGCGAUCCUUGCCAGGCCUUUCCUCUUCUACCGCCGCAUCUCCUACUCUGUCCUUGAUGGCAGCCAGAAGGCCACAGCGUUUCCAAAAUACCCCAAUGGUCCUGACAACCCGCCGGGGGCUGUAUUUACCGACAUGAAGGUCUUUGGUGUCCAUUUCCCCUGGGAGGCCUACACUCUGGAUGAGUCUUUCUUUUGGACCUACAAUGUCAGUGGGGGGAGCCACCUGACCGUCAUUUUGAACCAGCCGGCGAACUUGAGGAGAGUGCAGGUGUUGACAGGGACCAUCGUGGAUGGGAAGCACGCCCUGGAGAGGGGGCAGGUGGAGCUGGGCUAUGACCCCGAGGGCCUGCCUCAGCACUGCGGCAGCUUCAUCUUGCUGGGCCCUCUCCUGGAGGGGCAGAUGGAUCAGGAGAUAGUUCUGAAGAGUAUGGGGUACAAUGUGAGCUGCGUGAGGCUGGUGGCAAAAGCCAGUCAGGUUGGCGGGCUCAUGGUCAGGCAUAUUUACCUCUGGCAGGAAAAUGCAAAAGACGUGGCCCCUGUUCAGGUUUGAAGAUAACACCAGUAAGAGUAUAGAAAAUUAAAAUCUUGAUCUGUCUUGCCUACA